GAAAGAGGGAGGGGAGGAGAAGGAGAAAGGAGACUGUUAGAAUAACGCACACAGCGGUGUAAGGUAAACGCACAGCAGUCGAGAUCGGCGUUAUCUCUUUUCUUCACCGCUGUAAAAAAAGAUUCUAUCUCAGGAUGGCACUCUGAACGUGCACCCUACUCAAAAAGUAGAUUUCAACAGUGUCGGUCUCGUGUAACCAACAGGGGCUGGGGUAUUGGAUUGGAUUUACAUUGCAAAAAGUAGCGGAUUUCAGUUUAUUAUUUUCAUUUACACGUUAUUGACAGUGUUUUAAACGGAGAGAACUGCUCAUCGACACCACAAUCGGAAAGACAUAGCCAACAUAAAUGGUGGAAGCCAUAGUGGAGUUUGACUAUAAAGCCCAGCACGACGAUGAGUUGACCAUCUCUGUAGGCGACAUCAUCAGCAACAUCAGAAAGGAUGACGGAGGCUGGUGGGAGGGAGAGGUGGACGGGCGGAGGGGCCUCUUUCCCGACAACUUUGUCAGGGAAAUCAAGAAAGAGGUCAAGAAGGAGGGCACCCAGACAGGCGGAUCCAAGACUGAGCUCUCCAAUGGCAGCGCCAGCCCUGGGUCUGAGUCCGGCCUGCGACCUGCUAAGAAAGGUGAGGCCAUCAGGAAACGCAGGUGCAGAGCAGCAUUCAGCUAUAUUCCACAGAAUGAGGAUGAGCUGGAGUUGAAGAUUGGUGACAUCAUUGAGAUCCUGGGAGAGGUGGAGGAGGGCUGGUGGGAAGGUUCUCUCAAUGGGAAGACUGGGAUGUUUCCUUCCAACUUCACCAAGGAACUGCUGGUUGACUCUGAGGACCCACCAACUCCCGUGGAGGAAGUACGCAGCACCAGGACCAGGUCCUCAGUUGGCUUUGUCCAGCAGACACCCCCAGAAGGGCUCUUUACAGAGCUGAAAACACAGAAAAGAGGUGUGAAGGACAGCACAGGUUCAGAGAGCGAUGGGGGUGACUCCAGCAGCACCAGGUCAGAUGCAGGCAGCGUGACGUCCAGCAGCGAGGUCCAGCCCAAGAAGGUCCGGGGCUUCGGCUUUGGGGACAUCUUCAAGGACCGACCAAUUAAGCUUCGCCCACGCUCCAUGGAUGUCGAAAAUGAGGUUGAGAAGCAGCAGCAGCCUCAGCAGUCUGUGAAGAAAGGAGCUGCCGCGCCUUCUGUUGCACCAGAAGCCAUGAAGGAGGAGCCUGACUGCAAGGUCAAAGCAAAGGAAUAUUGCAAGGUCCUGUUUCCUUACGAAGCACAAAAUGAAGAUGAACUGUCCAUCAAGGAAGGGGAGAUUGUGGCAAUCAUCAGCAAGGAGUGUGCAGAUACCGGCUGGUGGCUUGGAGAGCUGAACGGCAGACAGGGAGUUUUCCCAGACAACUUUGUCAAACUGCUCGUCCCAGACACAGAGAAGGAGAGACCUAAGAAACCCCCACCCCCAGCCACUCCCACCAUGAAGCAGAGUACAGACAAAAAGCCAGAUGCUAAAAAGGUCCCUCCAGAGCGCCCCGAGUCACUGCCCCAGAGAGGAGAAGAGAAAGGCGAGGACAUGAAGCCUGGGGACAUUCCAAAGCCAGCACUCCCUGCCAUCCCCCCAAAGAAGCCUCUACCCCCAAAAACAAACAACUCCUUGGGUCGGCCUUCCACCUUUGCCCCAAAACGCCCAGAGAGACCAGAGAGGCCUGCUGUCCCGAAUAUCCAGUGUGAGGUUCCCAGGUGGGAAGGCGGGGGUUCGUCGCUGGAGAAGGGGUCCUUGGACAGGGCCAAUGAUAUUGAAGUCGAGGACUUUGACUCCAUCGUAUCGUCCACGGAGAAGUUAAACCACCCAACAGCGUCUCGACCCCGUGUCACAGACAGACGGCCGCGGUCACAAAUCUUCACGUCUUCCUCUCUCUCCAGCCCAGAUCUCCUGGACUACCCCAGCCCAGAGGAGGAGAGACGAGAGAAGGACAAGGGAAAGGAGGAGCUGGACUCCCCUUCUCCCAAAGCUUUCGAGGGCAACAAGAAGGGUCCCGACAAUAAGACGCCACUGCCGCCCAAGCCUGCGGUGCCUCCCUCGUCUUCCAGCGGCGCUAUCCCCCCUGGUCUGUCCUCACUGCUCCCCACACCCAUCGGCACUGCUUUGCGUCCCCCCUCACCCUCCACCCCGGACACCAAGCCAAAGAGUGAGCUGGGUCCCCAGGGGCCCCCAACCCUGGAGGAGCUGAGGACCCAACUGAAGGACCUGAGAGGAAGCAUUGAGAUGAUGAAGAACCAGCACAAAAAAGAAAUUAAACAGCUUAUGAGUGAGCUUGAUGAAGAGAAGAGGAUCCGUCUGUCCCUACAGAUGGAGGUGGAGCAUAUAAAGAAGGUCUUGUCCAAAUGAACAGGCUCUUGCUGGAGGAGUCACACAGACACAGACUUGCAGCAAUCCACGCCACAGCCAAAAUAGUUUGUGCCAAAUACAAAAAAACCCAAACAAAACACGAAAUUAACAGUGUCACAGAAAUGCCCUAUUACCCCCAUUUUGAAACUUUUGUUUUAUUUGUACGUUUUGUUUUUAGAGCCUAUUUUUUGUGUAAUGCAUGAGUCACAAACAGGGCUGAAGGGGCAUGCCCAUGUGACAUGGGAAUGAGUGGCUGCAGUCAUUGGCAUUGACUGUUGCCAUCACAAUUCACUCCUUUUGUAGAACAUUUACAAAGAAUUGUGGUUACCAUGAUACCACACUGGUACUAUUUUUGAUUAUACUUAAAUGAAAUAAAAGCAGAAACUUGCAUUUCACUAAAAAAAGUUCACAAGUUAAAUAUUUUUCUUUGCCACGUGUGUGGUGUUUGUUAUUUUAAUUUUUUUGAGAUAUUGUAUGUGUGUGUGUGUGUGUGCAUGUGUGCACAUGCGUGUGUGUGUGUGUGUGUAUGUACAUAUGCACAGACAAAACUGUUUAUAAUGGACACCUGGACACAACUAUUUAAUGUGCUACAAGUCUCCAUGACAACCUAACACUGAGGCCUUCUUCUAUACUUUUUCCUUUCUGUCUUCGGUGAUGAGAAAAUCUUGUUUGUUUUUUCUGACUUGGUUAUUUCUUUUGCAGAAAUCUUCUAUACACACUUUUAUAUUAUAAUGUGUGAAAAAAAAUUAUUAAAAAUUAAAACACAACCAA